AUGAUUAAUAAAGCGUUUUUCAACAGAUUACCGUUUGAGGUAUUCCGUCGGUAUGUAAGGACGAGUAAGAGUAUCCCUCAAAGAAACCGUAAGACAAAGAAGGCACUCCUGAUGGGAGGUUCGAUCACAUCAGCCGUAGCACUGUAUAAUUUUAACGACACAUUCCACGACUCCGUUAAACAUACAGCACUGACAAGUAAAAGGGUUGCCGUUGUCACACAGGCUACCACUCGUUGUUUUUAUCAUUAUAAGAGGGCUCUGAAUAAGACUUAUGAGAGUAAGAAGGAGCGAGAAGUGGCCUUGAACGACUGUCAUAAGAUGUGUGCUUUGAUCACGUUGCAAGCGCUACGAUCAAAUGGUGGGAUUUACAUUAAAUUGGGUCAGCACAUUGGUGCCAUGACGUAUCUGUUGCCUAAAGAAUGGACGGAUACCAUGAUACCAUUACAAGAUCACUGUCCUGAAUCAACUUUUGAAGAAAUUAAUCAAUUAUUUGAAGAAGAUUUGGGGACCAGUAUUGAAAAUAUGUUUUGGGAAUUCGACAAGACUCCGAUAGGUGUAGCAUCGUUGGCACAGGUUCAUGUAGCCAAGCUGAAAAGUAGCGAUGGUAAGGGUGCGAGUGUAGCUGUCAAGUGCCAACACCCGUCGUUGAAGGAGUUUAUACCAUUGGACGUUGUGUUGACGAGAACAGUGUUUGAAAUGUUGGAUGUUUUCUUCCCAGAUUACCCACUCACAUGGCUUGGUGAUGAGCUUCAAUCAUCGAUAUACGUGGAGUUGAAUUUCGACAAGGAAGCCGAAAAUGCAGAAAUGACACGUAAAUAUUUUAGUAAGUUCAAGAGACAAACUGCGUUGAAAAUACCCAAAGUCAUCGAAAGCCAUAAGAGAAUUUUGAUUAUGGAAUACGUUGAAGGUAAAAGGCUGGACGACUUGCAAUACAUCGACGGGCACGGAAUAUCCCGAAGCGAAGUAUCGAGCUGUCUUUCGCACAUUUUCAAUAACAUGAUCUUUACUCCGAAUGUGGGAAUUCAUUGCGACCCUCAUGGGGGGAAUUUAGCAAUACGAUCUGUAAAACCCGGUAAGGAUAAUGGAUACCAUAAUUUUGAGAUUAUAUUAUUUGAUCACGGACUGUAUAGGUACCCUAGCACCAGGACGAGGAGACUGUAUGCUAAGUUCUGGCUAUCGCUAUUAUUCGACAAGGACCAAGCAAAGAUGAAGAAAUAUGCCAAGGGAUUUGCCAACAUCACAGAUGAGCAGUUCCCACUCUUGGCGGCUGCUAUAACGGGGCGUAGUGUAGACGCAGCACUGAACUAUGACAUUUCCACGAGUCGAACACAAGAAGAGAUGGACGUCAUGGCGGACGGGCUCUUGGAGGGAACAUUGCUGAGCGACUUGAUGAGCAUUUUAUCCAGAAUCCCCAGCGUGGUGUUGCUGAUUUUGAAGACUAACGACCUGACCAGACAUCUUGACGAGUGUUUGCAAAACCCGCUGGGGCCGGAAAGAACGUUUUUGAUCAUGACGCAGUAUUGCGCCAAGACGGUUUAUGACGAAAAAGUCGAAAGGAUCGACUCGGAGUAUGGCAAAUGGUCCAUCAGUUGGAUGUGGGCGAAUUUCACGAACUGGAUAGUUUACGAGAGGCGUAUCAACCAGUUGUAUUUUUACGAUUUUGUUUUAUGGUGGAAAAAUAUUAUUCCGAAGGCAUGGUUAUCAUCUUGA